UUCAGUACAACUUCACAACUUAUCCAGUACACAACUUCCUAUUUUUGUAAAAUUUUUGUCAACAUGUUUUUGAAAGUGUUUUUCAACAAUCUAAACAAGUUUAGGCAGACAGUCUUUAUAAAUGUAAAACAAAAUUUUAGCGUGACCAAUCUUAAAUCAGAGUUGUUCAAAAGUGUCAAAAUUCCAGUUCAACGACAAGUAAUCAUGUUCCUCGGUACGAUCCUCACAGACGACUUUCCUGUAGCCAAAGCCUUCAACAGGAAUAGGGCUGAUUUGCAGGCCUUCGACGGCCAAGAACUGGUUUGUCUUUUACAUUUUCGCGACAAAAUGGAGUUUAAGGAGACUCUGUCAACCUCAUCUUCAAUGAUGUCCCAGAAAAACGAAAAGCCUCAGGACGCUCAAUCCGAGUUCGUCGGUUUGGAAGACGGCUGCUCCUCAGCCUCAAGUUCUGCUUCAAGUAUCAGUGGCUCCGAAAUGUCAACCCCGACCCCGAGUUCGACCUGUGUUCAAUCCACCGUGAAUGAGCAAGGAUGCGGAGAUCCCUGCCAAAUCAAUUGCUGUGACCAGGGCGGUGAGGGUCGUCCUCCCUACGCCAGGGUCAUGCCGGAGGAUCGGCGGUACGGGGUCGUGAUCACCAACGCGUGCGAUCCGUGCGACUGCAACUUCGACUGCGUGCUGCAGCACCUGGUGGAAUCAUUUCAUUCGGCGGUGGACGUGGCCACACUCAGUUUCAGUGAGUGUACUCCUGCCGUGUCCUUUGACUGCUUCCUGCUGAUGGUGUCCAGGGACAGCGACACCAGCGACUGGCUCCUGCGUGCCAUGCGACCUAUGAACCCUCCCUACCUCUGCACCACCUUUAUCAAGCACUUCCAGCUGGUCAGGUGCUCCUUCGUCAUCCCCAUGGUCGUCGAGCGAGAGCUGUGCCGCAUCUUCCACAUCAUGGAGAAGCAGAACUGCGGUUUGGAUCUGAGUAAGUAGUGCGUGGUUCGAAAGACUGCUCUUGACCCCUGCUCCGAGGACUAUGCACGGAAGGUACUCUUCGAAUGGUCUAUCAAUUACGAGCUGGUAGUUUACAUGGACAACUGCUCGAAGGAUUACAUAGAGAACCAUUGUGGCAAAAUUUUAUACAUGAUAUGGCACCUACCCGUCGACUUUUCCACCGACCUGCCAUGCCAAUAGAGACGAUUGGAUUCGACAGAUGCUAUCUUUGUAGUAUGUUUUCGAUUGUGGACUGCUGCGCGACGCGGAUCAUGUAGAUUUCAAUCCUGAUAUCUGGUAUGCAAGUUCCUGGUAGCUGAAAUCACGGAAGAGUUCCUCGCUUCUACGCCGAGUCUAUUAAUUCCACCAUUGGCUCCUAAAGACGCUGAUGCUCCGAAUGGUUGUGCCAACAACAAAUGGUGUACCACGUUUUUGAGAAGCUCAAGCAUUCCUACUUUUUUUAAGACCUUUGUUCUUGGCAGGCUGGAGACCCUGGCCAAGUUCCAUUCGAGUCCUGGUCGAAAUGAAAUCGACGAUUACUAAAAGCAUCCGUUGUCAGAGGCUACUUAGAAUUGGAGGAGGUGAAAGUAAUUGUUAAAAAAAAUGGCGGCUAUUGGGAUAAGCAGUCGCACUGGAUCGAUCGGUAAAGGAACCCUUGCAAAGAAAUGUAAAUUAAAAGAAAUGGUUAUAGCGCUUAGAACGCCUGCUAAUUACACGAAAUGACUUGUCCUCAAACCAAUAAAUGAA